UUGUCGUAAAGCGUCAUCAUGUCGCGUUUUUCCACAUAUUUACUGCUGGGGACUUUUGUCGGUUGAAGUUACGUUGACAACACCGAAAACAGAAGUGGCAGAAUUCCGAAAAUAUGCCUCCUUCAACAAAGGUGCCUGUAGAAUGGGCCAAAGUCGUAGCAAAGUAUAAACUCAAACCCUCUACUGCUGUUCAAAUAAAGGCCUUUUUAACGCGACAUGCAGAAGCAGCUUCUCGUUUGGGAAAACUCCGUGAACAAGAUACUUCCUUAGAUUUCAAACAUUAUCGUCAGCUUCUUUCCAACAAAGAGAUUGUCGACAAAAUCGAGUCUCAUGUUAAGCGCUUUAAGCCUGUCAAGAUUGAUUUAUCGUCACAAAUGAAAAUCAUCGAAGCCUUUGAAGCAAAGGCAAACAAAAAUGCCGCUGAGACAGCAGCUCUUGUUAAAAAGGAACUCAGUUCGCUGUACAAGACAUUACAGGAUAUUGAAAAGGCUCGUCCGGUUACAGACUUGACAAUUGACGACGUGAAAGAUGCCACCGCUGAAGUUGAGCAGAUUGUUUCUGACAUGGUACGUACUGGUAACUACCAUAUUCCGGGUUACAAAGAGAAAUUUGGCGACCUCAGUAUUAUGUAGUUUUAUACGUGGGCUUUACUGGAAACUGCUUUACUAUGAAUACUUGAUCAUUGAAUAUUCCGGUUAGUGAUUAUGCUGGUACAAUUUUCUAUGCAAUAAAACUCAAUGAAUUAUGUUUUAUGAACUAAAAUUUAUAUGGAAAGGCUUCACGCAUUCAGUAU